AUGUCACCUCCUUCGUACCCUCCCAAAAGCAAUCCUACAGAAUACUCGUACAAACCCCGAUCUACGACUCCAGACAGGUUGGGAGACUACAAUCAGAACCGAUACAGAUCGGGAUCCGGCUCUAUGAUGCAAAGGCCCAGUCCUUUCACAGAGAUCUCCAGCGCCAUUGAUAGACAACAGCCGCGCUAUUCAGAAACGACCCAAUUUGGUCCACAAAUGCCACAGAGAGAUGAAGCCACAGAAAGAGCUCGACGUACGAGCAUUAGCGGUAUUCUGCAAAGACCCGAGAGCGCACCUCAACGACCGACGAUGAACGGUAACCCGAUCCCACCCAAUCCUCUGCCGCGUCCUGAGUCUGCGACUCCCUCGAUGAACGGUGAUCCCUUUUCCGCUCCCAAGGCGCCCUCUGAUAGGCCUGGUCCUCUGGGUGGCUCAUACGAUACUAGACCUCCGCCAUUCAGUAACAGACCUCCCACGGCGCAGCCGAUUUCUUUCAAAGAAGUCAGACCGUUCGAAAAACGCGAUUCUCAGUCCUCGUCUCCUGAAUUGCGGCGAGUCCAGCCAAAUGGCGCCGAACGCAGUUUCGGCAGCAUUCUGAAUGACGGACUCGGAUCCCAAGGUAUGGCCAGACAAGACUCACAACUAUCGCAAAGCUCGGCGUUUGGUGGACGAUACGGCCCACGUGCCUUCUCGCCCUUCGCGCCUUCAGUCGCAUCUCAGUCCAUGUCAGUGACCUCUGGGCCCGCAGAAGAGCAAGUACGGAAAGGCAGUGACGAAUUGUCACACAGAGCCAUUCUUGGUCUUGCGACUGAGUCAAGACGAGGGCGAUACUCGCCUGUGCCGCAGGCAGUGCAGGGAGCACAAGCUCAGACUCCUGUCCCUGAAACCGGCAUCAAAACCGAGCAGGGUAGAGUGUUUGCCGGCCUAGGUGGCGGUCUCGGAGCCAGCAGCACCGGUCCUACCUCAACGCCAGGCGGGUUAUCCUCCAGCCCUUUGAAGGAUGGUACUACGCGACUAAGCGAGGAAAACUUGAUGAAGAUGUCGAGAAGCACCUCCGGCAUGGGUAAGCGGGCGCGCAAGUUCGAUGACGAACUCCGUGCCGAGAGCGAUGUUGGAGGUGCCGGUAAGAAAGGGCGCAAGCGGAGCAAGUACGCUCAUUCGUACAAGAUCGACCUCGAAGACAAUGCGCGCCGAGGCACACCACUAUCAAACAGCAUCCAGCGGACUGAUAGCCCUCUGAACGUGACGAGCCAGCCCACACAGCUCUCGCAUCACCAUCACAUGCCUCGUCAGACAGACCAGCGUCUUCUGUACAAGCCAAAGAAGACGAUCCGGAUAUCUUCUAUUCUGACUGCUGCGAAAAGAAUGCCUCGAAAACAUCUUGGAACGUUCAAAUACGAUCCAGCCGUGUCAAAUCCAGUGACAACCAAAUUGGGCGCUGACAAGUUUGAUGUCUCGGUGCGGCCCAAUGCUCUUCCGAGUUUUGACGGACCGGACCAUGUGAAUUGCACCUAUUCCAUUCGUGUGCCAAAGCUGUGGCUUCAGGAAAGGGAACGACGAAUGAUAUGUCGGGAGAACUUCUUAUGGGGCAGCGGCAUCUACACGGAUGACAGCGAUAUCCUGGCUGCUGCGAUGCAUAGUGGCUUCAUCAAGAGUGUGCCGCCAGAAGGGGUGGACCGCUCGCUCUUGGACGAGAUCGCCAAGGCACAGAACACCAAAAUUGAAGGCUUGGUUGACCCUCCAGAAAAGCCGCUUGUGCCGGAGCAGGACAAGGACGCGGUAGUUACCUGUGUGGUGCUCCCAUCCCUCGAGCAGUACGCCGGCAGUGCGAGGUACGGCAUCACGAGCCGAGAAUGGCCGGAUGAGAAGAAAGGCUCAGUGCACGACGGUGUCAGCUUUGCUGUUCUAAAAGUCGAGUUCGUUGCCGGUGGAGUCGAAGCACGCCGUAUGGGCCGGACGGGCAAGGAGCGACGAGAGCGGCUCAGGAAAGAGCUGGACGACCGCAAGAAGGGUCAAGAGCGAAUGAAAGAAAUGAUUGAGCAGAUGAAAAGCCGCAUGAGGAGGCUCGGCAAAGUGCAAAGACGGACCAACGGCGAGCACGUCCGCAAAGAGUUGGCUGGAAAAGCUGCUAUGGGAAGCUUCAAGGAGAAGAUUCGAGUGGAAGAGCAGCGGCAGCAACAGCAGAAGGAAAAGGAGAAAGAGCAGACCCUUCACGCCAGCUUGGACGUUGGACAGGCUCCCGGUGAAUGGUUGCAGCAGCUAGAGACAUCAGCUGUCGACGCGUGA